CAGUUUGUCUUGUAAACUGAAUGAACUAAUUUGAACAAAAAAAGGGAAAUGCUCCACGAUAGAAUGUCCAUUUUAUGAUGGCCAUUAAGCACAAAUAACCUGAAUUCUUCAUGAGUUUAGUUUUGUAAGAAGAUUUUGGUAUUUAUACCACGUGUACAGCCUGGUGUAUCCUAAUUGACUUUUAGCUAAAAUGACAGAAUAUUUAAGAUGCCCAAGCUGCAAUAUGACUUUCAAGUCCUCUUUAUUACUUGAAAAACACAGAGAAAAGUUCUGUAUUGGAGGAGACAUCGGAAGAUUAAGAGAAACACAAACGCCAUUGGACAUGGUUAACAGACUCAGAAAUUUCAGAAGAACGCAGGACAAUCAACAGUUGCAAAAUAAAGUGAAAGAAAUGAGUGGUGACAAAAUGACAGAUCAUAUUCUAGACCAAAGGAAAAACAAGGUUGACAGUGGUGAGACAGGUGAAAUGUAUAGGAUGGCACGCAAAACACAUGAUCAGGAAACACAGCUACGCUAUCUUGCAGAAGCUCACAGCAAGCAAAUUAAUGAAAUUAUGUCUCAAAAUAAGCUCUUGGAAAAACAACGGGAUGAUAUUGUGCAGAAAUUGAAUGAAAUAUCCGCUCAAAACAAGAACACAGGUUAUCUAGAAAAAAUGGUAAAAUAUUUGUCUGAUCAAGAGCAGAAGAAUGAACUACUUCUUACAACCAUGAAGCAACAGAUAGACAUGCUGCAGGUCGAAGCAAUGAAAAAAGCAAUGCAAAGCAGGCAUAGUGACCACACAGAAUCUCGAAGAAUAGAAAAGGUCCCGUCUCCCACACGCCAUGCGUAUCUUCCCUUCAUUGGAGGAGGAGGUCUAUCUUCUGAGAUCAGUGCCUUGCGUCUGACUUACCUGCAAAAUGGAGGAAAUGAUCGUAUGAUCUUAGCACACUUACAGGAACUUUUAACAGAAGCACAGAUGAUAGAACAACGAGAAAAACGAAUGCGACCAAUUCGCAAGAAAACCAAAAGAGAACACGGGACAGUAAAGUGGCACAUGAAUGAGAAGUUAAUCAAUCUUGAAAUUGAAAACCAACAAUUAGAGGAACAACUCUUCAGACUUCAGCUGCAAAGACAGAAAAAUAGCAGGCUUCCUUGGACAACCCAUGGAGCUGAAGUCGAGAAAAGUGUACAAUUGCCAAAGUUCAUGAGAGAAAACACCCGUCAAAAUAUAAAGACUCUGAAUGCAGAAUUGGAAGUGUUAAAGCAAGAACUGCAAAUUCAGAAAUUGAAGCGUCGCGUAAAAACCUCAGCUACUCGUCGAGCCAUUCCACAGGCCCUUUCAGUUCUUCCAAUGGAAGAAGACAGGCCUGAAACUCCAGACCUUUCUAAAAAUUUACAGAUAUUCAGUCACGGGUUGGAACCUGCCCCAUAUGAUCCUAUCACUGGGUUUGUUGUGUUUUAUGACUACAUACUUGGGCUUGACCCAACCUACAGAGUAUGCCGGUUAGCUGUAAGUCUUUGCAAUGGAGGUCUGGAGAUGGGAAGUCCUUCACCCCUCCCCCCAAUUUAUUGUGAAAGUUCUGCAUCCAAGCUUCAUGAGAGCAAAAAACAGAACAUAGCUAUUUUAGCCACGAAGCAAGCCGUCCCCAGAGUACGGCCAUCUCCAAAUAUAUCAUUGAUUAUUGAGCUUCAGGCAUCAGGAGGAUAUGAUCCUUAUGGCCAAGAAGUCAGUCGUUUAAUUCCUCGAGGAUGGGUGAAAAUAGAUAUUUUUGAUUAUCAAAAUCGGGUCAUUAGCGGACAGUGGAAAGUUCCAAUUCGUAUCCUUCCCGUCAAACCUUCUCUCACUACAGGGGCACUGAAUGGAGUACCACAGUUGGAAAAUACAGAAUUGUAUAUCCGGCUCGUCAAUGCAAGGAAUGCCGACACACAAAGCCUUUAUCCCAUUGAUGUUAACAAUUCUUUGGUCUAUAAAUACCCGCCUUUGACUGCAGCUUAUUUCCACCCUGAAGAUCUUAUGCUUCAGUCGCCUUAUUAUUCCUCAUACCUCACCAAGAAUAUGCAGCCUACAUACGGCGAUAUGGUGGAUUCUCCUCCUUCAAGGGACAAAAUAUGGACACAAUAAUAUUUUAUAAAUCAAUCAUCAUUUGCGUUCAGUUUUCCUUAACAUUUGCUCACAAUAUAAAUAAA